AUGUAUUUCUUACAUCUAGUUUCAUACAUUGUUCGAGAAUUUAUAGCAGAAACACUUGGAAAACCGGUCGGAGAUGUUGGGCCUCAAGAUUUCUAUUGGUACGCGAACUACCUACGGUCAGUGCAUCGUGGAGGAUUCGCUAAUAGUGUACGUGAAAUUUUCGCCAUUUUAUUUCGAGAACCGCCGAAAUCCGACGAAGUGAAGAAUUUCGUCAGCUUCUGGAUUAGAACAACGGACCCAUUGGUCAAUAAUGUAAUGCAACCAAUGUAA